AUUAUAAAACCUUCCACGAGAUGCACGACACGACCAUAAAAUCUUAAAAAACAAAUCCAACAUGUAGUGCCGGCGGGACCAGUUAGCAACAAAAUUUCAAACUGAAUACUCUUUCUCCACUUCUCCUUCUCUCUUUCUCAUUCCACAACUACACAAACAUACCUCACGAAAUCAAAUUCUCCUUCUCUCUCAAAACACAGUGAUGAUGAAGUUGAUAGAACAGUGUCAAGUUGCACCACCACAAAAUUCACUUCCUUCACCAACCACUCUCCCUAUCACUUUCUUCGACAUUCCAUGGUUCUACUGUCACCCAGUUCAACGCAUCUUUUUCUACCACUUUCCUCAUCCAACUCAUCACUUCCUUCAAACAACACUUCCCAUUCUCAAACACUCUCUUUCUCUCACCCUCCAACACUUCUUCCCCUUCUCCUCCAAUCUCAUCAUCCCUACUAAUUCCGAUAACCCCCCUUACAUACGCUACCUCGACGGCGACUCUCUCUCCUUCACCGUCUCUGAAUCCUCAGCAAACUUCAACCUCCUCAUAUCUGAUUCUCAAGACGCUCAAAACUGGCACCCUCUUGUUCCUAACUUGCCUUCACCUCGUACCGAACCAAACGGUACACGUGUUAUUCCUAUUAUGUCCAUUCAACUCACCGUUCUACCGGAUCAUGGAUUCUCUAUAUGUCUCACGUUUCAGCAUGUCGCCGGAGACGGAAAAUCACUUCAUCAUUUCAUGAAAUAUUGGGCAUCUCUUUCAAAAGCAAGUGCAAACAACAACAACAAUUGUUUAUUAUCUCUUGAUCUUCCUUCCCAUGAAAGAGAUAGAGUUAAAGAUACAAAAGGUCUUAAAUAUAUCUACUUACAAGAACUACAAGAUUCUGAGUCAGAAAACAUGGAAUUCGCGGGUCUGGUUCGAGAUUCUUAUGUUAACAAGGUACGAACAACUUUAGUAUUGAGCUAUGAGCAAGUUCAGAGUUUGAAGAAAUUGGUCACUGAUAAAUGUAAAGACAGUCACAACCACAACAAAACACAGCAUGUGUCAACUUUUGUUGUAACAAGUUCAUUAAUUUGGUUUUGUAUGGUAAAAUCGGAGGAGAGCGAAAGCAAAAGUGAUCAAGAUGAUUGUGUUGUUGUUGAUGAUCUCUGCUACUUUGUGUUUCUUGCAGACUGUCGUGAUAGCAGUGAAUUUUCAUUACCAAAAACUUACUUUGGAAAUUGUCUUGCUUCUUAUAUUGUGGCUGUAGAGAGGAAUGAGUUAGUUGGAGAAAAUGGGAUUGUUGUGGCUGCAAUUGGUAUUGAAAAAAAGAUAAGAGAUUUUAAGAGUGAUGCUUUAUUAGGAGCUGAAACAUUGAUGUCUGAUUAUAGGGAAUUAACGAAACCUGGUAAGUCUCUUGUAGUGGUUGCAGGGUCACCUAAACUUGCUGUUUAUGAGACUGAUUUUGGUUGGGGGAAGCCUUUGAAAUCUGAUGCAGUACAUCUUGAUACUACUGGUUCGGUUUCUCUUUCUGAUUGUAGAGAUGGUGGAGGUGGAAUUGAAGUUGGUUUGGCUCUUGAGAGGUCUAGAAUGGCUAAUUUCAUCAGCAUCUUUCAACAACAACUUGAUAGUAUUUGUAACAUGUGAAUGGAAAAAAAUGCGUCUUGGGUUUCAGCAACUCAAAAUGAUUACGAAGUUUCUACUUUUUCUACUAAUAAAGUAUGUCUUUUUUAAAAUCAACAAUUUUCUAUGUUUAUCAUGUCAUUAUAGUAAAUUGAGUUUUUUAUUUCUAAGCAACACCCAAAUAUGGAUUAGCGUGUUCUUAGAUGUGUUUUUUUUGGGGUUAUUUACCUAACCGAAAAAAAUAUAAAUAUUAUAAUCCUUCUGAUUAUAAGUAUUUUAUUUCUAAA